AUGCGUCGACACGGUGAUAAUCGGUAUGCGCUCGCCUCGGUCGCAUUCGCAUACCACAUACUGAUUACAAAUACAGGAAAUGGCCCAUCCGCCCUGAUCCUCUCCUACAUACUACACGGCCAUAUUCCCCACUACAUCGGAGGUCAUCAUGACGCGAUACUGGACGCGAAACUCCAGAAUGCUCCGAACCUACUCCACCUAACGCCCGAUCUGUAUGCCCAUUUCUUGUCCUCACUCCGUUACUCGACUCAAGCGCUUCCGGUCAACACGCUCCUCGAUACCCUCAUCCGCCCGAAUGCCGAUACAGAGCUAAAUCCAAAAUCAUGUGUCGAAUGGCGGUACGAGCCUGAAAAGGCCAUCGCGCAUGUUGUCAUUGGGGAGACGGCGCAUGCAGGCGGGCAAUGGGCAGAGAAUCCCGUUUCAGCAAGCGUGAACAUUGGCACACUGAGCUAUGCGGAACAGUUAAGCCUUCCAGGCUAUUCCUACGCAGACCACCUAGCGAGAAACGGCAAGCAAGAUGAAACGGAAUUCGUACGCCCUUCGAGGUCCGAAGUUGCAGACUAUCUGAGGGCGUAUCCAGAGGCUGUCGGGAUAUCUGAUAGCGUCUUUACAGACUUGAAGGCUGAGAAUAUCUAUCGGACAGUCAAGGGCUUCUCCAUCGGGAGCUUGAGAAUGCGAUGCAAGCAUCUUGCACUGGCAUCUGGUAUCUUUACCGUCAACAUCCCACCGCCGCCUCUACUCGCACCCAUCGCGCAACUUGACUCGAACGAAGCACCGCUACUUGUGAUAGGAUCCGGCUUUUCCGCUGCCGAUAUCAUUAUUUCGGCGCCCCCGACUCGUAGGAUCGUCCAUGUAUUCCGAUGGGCACCCGAAGACCGGCCGUCUCCGUUGCGGGGCUGCCAUCAUACAGCAUACCCAGAGUAUGCGACUGUCUAUCGUCAGAUGAAACUUGCAGCACUCGCCGCUUCAAAGAAGAGCAAGACAGUCAAAACUCCAUCCAUCCGACGCAAAUCGAAUCCAUUCCAACAACGCGACUGGUCGCUUUAUGAAGGCUUACCCAACGCCGAGGUUCUUAGUGUAUCAACUUCAAAAGGAGUCGCUACAGUAGAACUACGACUACGCUCCGGUGAUAUCAUCACGCGCGAGGUGGGUGGUUUGGCCUAUGUGGUCGGAAGACGCGGCACAUUGGACUUUGUUUCUCCCGAGUUGCGUUCUGAGAUUCUGAGCGUUCCGGAUAAUAUGACCCUUGAUUCAUCUUCCGGCCAUCUAAUUUCCAGCCGGACGCUCCGUCCAAAGACUGAAGUGACAUCCCUUGAAGUCGCCAGGGAUGUGUUUGUCAUUGGCAGUCUAACUGGGGACACUCUUAUCAGGCAUGCAGUAGGGGGGUGCGUGUUUGCUGCAGGGCGCAUCCUAAACGCUAUACCUACCAUCUACUCGCCCGACAGUACACCUUCGCCAACAUCGUCCACACCCCGAUCCGCAUCACCAGUAUCCACCUCGGAUACGGAAACCCACGCAGACGACACCCGACCUGGCUCGCGGAAGUCGCAGACGGGACAGCGUACUCCCAGCGAACUGACAAAUGGGCACGGGGAUUUGCAUCUUGAUCGACGGAAACUGGUUCGCGCUGUAGAGACAGCCCAUGCUGAGAACAGGUACUGGGUUGACUCGGGGUGGUGGGCUGGGGGCUUGGGUCCAGGGAGGUUGUGAACCUCUCAAAGAUGGUUACAUGUGUUCAAUCACGUUGAUAUUUCUGUUUGUUGCAUAGCCGGUACUUCCGAGAGCUGUUUUCUAUACCCUAGAUUGAUAGAGAGCGCAGAGACGCUUUGGCAGAUUGUCUAUUGUUCAAUGAACAAGUACCUUACCCUGUAAUACGGUUAUCUAAUGUAACAAUACCAAGUUCGGGACA